CUCGAUUCGGAACGGAUCGGCUAUCACUAUCGCCGCCCACCUACCUGUGCGCUGAAUCGGGACUAGUUCCUGGGAAAAGGAACUCGAACGGAAUUUAAUUAAUCGCAUAAGUGCAGAUUAGAUUGUAUACGCCAAACGAGUGACUACUAUUUGGCAAUUGAUAAUAUGCGCACUAUAUAGGCAACUCUUCACUCGAGUCUAAAACGAGUACGUCCCUUUGCUCUCUCCCUGGCAGACUGUUUGCUAUCACUCCACUAUCUAUAGGGAAGCCGAGUACGCAAUCUUAUCGUACCAAAAUCGAUGGUUCGCUGAGUACCACCGACAAGACAAUAGCAUCCCGCAGUAGGGACUGUAUGGAACCGAAGAUGGCGGAAGUGAAACGUCGGGGAUCGAAUAUCCCGCCCGGGCACUACUUGUGCGGCAUGGCCAACUGGCAUCCAGCAUGGCUCCAGAAGUACGCCACCACCAAGAUGUUUAUGGGCGUCUACGGACUGCUCGGCACCAUCCAGGCCAUGUCCUACAUGUACUUCAUCGUGACCCUCACCGUGCUGGAAAGGCGCUUUAAGAUUCCCAGCCAAACAACAGGUAUUGUCCUUAGCGGCAAUGAAAUCUCGCAGAUCAUGCUGUCCCUUAUCCUGUCCUACAUCGGUGGACAGCGGAAUCGCCCCCGUUGGAUAGCAUGGGGCAUCGUCUUCUGCGGUCUGUCCUGCUACAUCCUCGCCCUGCCGCACUUUAUCUACGGGGCUGGUCACGAGGUGCUGCAGUUCACCAAGGAGUACCAGGAAAGCCUACUGAAUGCCACGUCUGAACUGGGUCAGCCCCUUGUGAAUUUCACCUCUCCCCAGACCGAGCGACUCUGUGGAGUGGGCGCAAAGGGGAACGACUGCGACGAUCUCUUUUCCUACGUGCCACUGGUGCUCAUCUUCCUCUCACAGUUCGUGCUGGGCGUGGGCAACACCAUGUACUACUCCCUGGGACAGACGUAUCUGGAUGAUAACACCAAGAAGACGAACACUCCCCUGAUGCUGGCGGUGGCCAUGGCCUUGAGGAUGAUUGGACCUGUCGUGGGAUUCUUUUUCGGUUACUUGUCGCUAAACACCUUUAUCGAUCCAACAAAGACUCCUUUGAUCGACAGAAAGGAUCCUCGAUGGCUGGGAGCCUGGUGGCUCGGUUGGGUGGUCCUGGGCACCCUGAUGUGCCUGUUUUCCGGCCUCAUCGGUCUCUUUCCCAAACAGCUGCCCAGGAUCAACGAAGCGCCAAGGACCAACUCCCACUUGCCACUGGCGCUGCGUCAGACGAAGGAGGAGCUCAAGCGGGAGGAGAAUCUCUCGCUGAGCAGCCGCUUCUCCUCGAACGCCGCACUGGACACCAUUGGAGCAGCUGCGGGUGCCAAUGCCGAGCUGCCAAAGCUGAAGGACUUCCCACGCGCCCUCAUGCGACUGCUGCGGAACAAGCUGCUGAUCUUCAACAUUCUCUCGGCGGUCUUCUACAUCCUGGGCGCCUCCGGCUUCAUGACCUUCCUCACCAAGUACAUGGAGGUGCAGUUCCACAAGGACCCCCAAAGCGCCACCAUUGUCGUUGGCCCCAUCUCCAUUAUGGGCAUGGUCGUGGGUCUGAUUGGCUCCGGGCUGGUGCUUUCCAAGAAGAAGCCUCACGUGAGCAAGGUGCUCAUGUGGAACGUGCUCGUUGGCGGGGUCUCCAUUUUGGGGCAGAUCGCAUACGCUUUUCUUUACUGCCAGGACACCUUUUCCAUGGCCCACGUAGGACAACUAAACCUGACUAGCACCUGCAACACAAACUGCUCCUGCGAAGGGAUCAAAUACACACCCGUAUGCCACGAGCUGACGGACACCACCUUCUUCUCGGCCUGCCACGCGGGAUGUCGCGGAUACAAUGCCACCUCAAAGUUGUACGAGGAUUGCAGUUGUCUGGUUAAUGAUACGCCUUCAACCAGCGCGACCCAGCGGCUGCUCAAUCUAUUACAACCCACUCCGGAGCCGGAACUGGAUAGCACCACAGAUUUUGACGGGUACUUCAGCGGUGUGCCCCUGCUCAACGACGACGGUGACUUCGAUGAGAAGCUGCUGUCCAGGACCACCAGAUCCACUCCCGAUUCGGUGCUCCGGCCGGGUAUCUGCACAAAGAACUGCACCUGGAGCUUUUGGGCCUUCUCCAUCACCUCGAUGAUCGUAAGCUGGUUCGGCUCAUCCGGUCGGGUGGGCAACGUCCUGGUCAACUACCGAGCCGUGGCCUACGAGGACAAGUCCUUCGCUCAGGGACUGGCCCUGAUGAUGAUCAGCUUGCUUGCUCUGAUCCCGGGUCCCAUCAUGUUCGGGCGUCUUAUUGACUCCACGUGUCUGGUGUGGACGAAGACCUGCAAUGGCAAUGGCAACUGUCAGUUGUACGAUCAGACUCGCUUCCGUUACUCCCUCAACUUUUUGUCGUUCAUACUCACCUCUAUGGGAAUAUUCUUUGAUUACCUUGUUUGGUACUAUGGACGCACUCUGGACAUUUAUGGCGACAAGGAGGCUAAAGAAGAGGAGCGGGCCAACAGAAGGAAUCAACCUAUUACUCCGCUUCUGGCCAAGAAAUCCGACCAGGAAGAACUCUAAAAAGAAUCCGUGAUACUCAAUUAUAAGGGGUAGAUUCAUAUAAUACACACCAAUUCCGAGUAUUUAAUUAAACAAAGCACAUUCCUAGAGUAAGUUUCUGUAAUCAAAUGUAGAGAAAGAUCGGGCGAAGCUAAUAAUACAAAGCCAUAUGUACAAACUUCCCGCUCUUCGAUAGGAUUUUAGUUAUUGGAUUCGCAAUAUCCUAUGUCAUAUUUCAAUGUACAAUUGUUAACUAUUUUUAUUACGUGCUAAGUUCGCUUACUGUACCAUGAUUAGUUUAAUAAAAAA